AUGCGGCCUUCGUCGCUUCUCCCGCUCUUCGGAGUAUCUAGCGCCCUCUCCACGCCGAUCAACGAGACUAAGAAUGCAAAUCAUAUUUUCAAUACCCUUCAAGACUCCAUGCGCCAGUGGGGCUCUUCCCUUCAUCACAACGGUGUCUCAUUCUUCCUCGCGAGAGUUCCUACAGGAACACAAUUCUACCAUGGUACCUCCGAGAGUACUCCGGUGACCGGCACUGAGUGGCUCGCUUUUGAGCCCGAGCAUGCCAUGGUUUUCGCCCGUCCGCACGGCCCUCCCCGGAACCCACCCGACGAGAAAGACCCAGAAGACGGCCAUGGAGAGCUUCGCAAGCGUGAGGGCUUUGGGAAAUUUGGACCGCCAGACGGACCUCCCCCGGAAACGUUCAACAAAGAAGCCGGUUACUUGCAUACAUAUGCUACAAACAAGGACCUGCGCCUCCUAUACGUGGACGGCAUGUCUGCCGCGAAAACGGAUUUGGGAACGCUUGAUUCACAAGAUGCGGUACUCUUCAACGGCUCCAUUGGCGACUUCCCACAUGGAGGAGAGGGCGAGCGCGCGAGACUCGCUUGCGAGAUGGCCGAUAAUGAAUGGGAAGGGCGUAUAGAUGGUCUUCUCCGCAUGGAAGCCGGCUUUGAGAUCAUUCUCUGUCAUUUCGAGCGGGAUCUUGAUGUCGUGCGCAUUACGCAGGUUAAGCAAGAUCAUAUGGGCGGACCGGCCGGUGGGCCUGGGCCUGGGCCAGCUGGCAAGCCUCGCAAAGGGGAAAUGGAACAUCAUGAUGGCCGUGGUCCACAAAAGAAUAGCAAGAUGCACCAUGAUGAUCAUGACCCACAUGGACAUGGUGAAGCCUCAGGACAUGGUCCCGGUCGCCCCGGCGGGCCCCUGGACCCGGACGGCCUGGGGGACCUGGAGGACCCGGCCACAGGGACGACUCGCCGCGUUGGAUGCGCGCUGUCAUCGCCCGUUACCAGGGCAUUGGCGGUGACCGAGUGUCCCUCAAUUUCGACCACUUUGUAA